ACAUUGUCUUGCCUCCGCAGAGUCUCUACCUUACACAAGAUCCUCAGCAUGUCGGACAACCACCGUUUAGAUGGCAAAGUGGCCUUGGUCACCGGUGCCGGCCGCGGCAUUGGUGCAGCCAUCGCCGUCGCCCUUGGUGAGCGCGGAGCUAAAGUCGUGGUUAACUACGCCCACUCCCGUGAGGCCGCGGAGAAGGUGGUUGAACAGAUCAAGGCCAAUGGUACCGACGCUAUCGCAAUUCAGGCCGAUGUUGGGGAUCCUGAGGCGACAGAAAAGUUAAUGGCGGAGACGGUGCGCCAUUUUGGCUACCUGGAUAUUGUGUCCUCGAACGCUGGAGUUGUAUCGUUCGGCCACCUUAAAGAUGUGACCCCGGAGGAGUUUGACCGGGUCUUCCGGGUUAACACCCGUGGCCAGUUCUUCGUGGCGCGGGAGGCCUAUCGUCAUAUGCGUGAAGGAGGUCGAAUUAUCCUGACCAGCUCGAACACCGCUUGCGUCAAGGGGGUACCCAAGCAUGCUGUAUACUCGGGAUCCAAGGGAGCUAUUGACACCUUUGUUCGCUGCAUGGCCAUUGACUGCGGAGACAAGAAGAUCACCGUGAAUGCCGUGGCUCCCGGAGCCAUUAAGACGGAUAUGUUUUUGGCUGUGUCGCGGGAGUAUAUCCCAAAUGGUGAGACUUUCACGGAUGAGCAGGUAGAUGAGUGUGCUGCUUGGCUCUCUCCGUUGAACCGCGUGGGCAGGCCCGUGGACGUCGCCCGGGUAGUUAGCUUCCUGGCAUCUGAUGCAGCCGAAUGGGUAAGUGGCAAGAUCAUUGGGGUGGAUGGCGGCGCUUUUCGAUAAAUCUUUACCAGGAGAUGCUCGUUGCUGGGGUGUAUUCCUUCAUUUUCUAGAGAGCUAGACGACGUAUCAGAUCAGAUUUGCUUGGUGAACCACAACUUAAUAUAAGUUCUAAUGUUACAAAGUAAUAGCGCCAAACUCUUUG